AUGCUCAGCAGGCCGACUAUGCGUAGUUACAUCCUCAAAGGGCAAGCGACUAAGGACUUGUCUACGGCUAAACCUCGAAACGACACGCACAGCAAGCAGAGCUCGUGCAUACCACUAGGACACAUGCACGGCGAGCCGAGUUUGUGUCGAGCUAGUGCGUGUACACUCGUCGGAGGAAAGAAUGAGUGGCCUGGAGCAUAUAUGUUGGGCCUCGAACCACGCGAAACGAACAUCUUCGGACUCCGAGCUCAUUGCCAAGCCAAGCACUCCUGUUCUCAUACUGCGAUCACUGCCAUGAAGCUCAUGAUCCAGACACUUCUCGGAGCCUCUUGGUUCGUCCGUGCGCUUGCAGCACCUCAGGUAACAUUCCUCACGUUCUUGGUCCUUGGUUUCGCUUUCGUGGACCCGGACGGGAUCUAUCGGGCCUACCUCGCUGAUGGCAGCGUCGUGGAUGCCGCUCGCCUCACCCCUGAGCAACUUCAGCAUUGGCUCGACGUUCGAGCUCCUCUUCUGUCAGCCAGUGACGCCGAAAACGAACGCACGACUUACGCUACUGCCAACCCGCAAGAUGUGCCCGAAGAACAGCUUCUCCACCCUCCGGACGAGAUCAAACCACAUGCACAAAUUGAAUCUAUGGCCGAGUUCGUUAUAAGCCCAAACCCGAACCCGCUCCAGGUGACCAAGCGGCAAGUCGCCUGCCCGCCAAUGUACUGCGUCUACAGAGACCUAGCUUGCUUCCAGCCCCGCACUGUGAGAGAAUGCCUUGUGGUGGGAUUCGUGGGAUGGGCAUUGGCCCGGGUGUCUCACAGAGUGACGUGUUGGAAUACAGUCGAAGGCCACUGA